AUGACCUGCCCGACAGAGAUCUGCAUCGGCUUGUGCAUGCCAAGAUGUGUAGCUGUCUGUUCAACUGGUGAGUCACCAGCUACUACUGGUGCUCCACUAUCACCACCACCACCCCCAUCAACAACUCUUCCACCACCACCUCCUCCACCAGCUACUCUUCCACCACCACCUCCUCCACCAGCUACUCUUCCACCACCACCUCCUCCACCAGCUACUCUUCCACCAUCACCACCACCUCCUCCACCAACUACUCUUCCUCCUUCACCACCGCCAUCAGUCACUACUGCUCCAGCUGCGACUUCAACGAAAGUUUUAGAAGUGUUCGGUAUCGACUACCACACCGGUGUUGUGCAAACAAUCGCUCCUCUGACCGAAUCCCUGUAUGAGGUUGAGGUUGAAGCCUUUGACCAUGGAGACCCGAAGCGAACAGAAAUUACGAAGCUGAUCAUUUCUGUUCAUGGCACGAAUCCUUCGGCUCCUGUAUUUGAUGAGGAACCUCAUUGUCACAUUUCUGAACGAUUUAUGAAUUACGUUGCUGGUAUUCCUGGGCAGUAUGUGGAUGUGCAGUCGAAACGAUACGAAGUUACCAUAACCUCUCCAGUUCGAGCCGGCUCAGUAGUUGCAAAAAUGCAUGCGAAGGAUCCUGAUCCGGGCCUAGAAGGACAAAUUUCAUAUAGACUCGAUACAAGUGACAGCCGAAAUCAAGCGCAUACAAGGAAAUUUUCGAUCAAUGAACAGACAGGAGUUGUUUCCGCUAUAGAGCCACUGACAGCUAAUGAUGGACCAUUCGAUUUGGUUGUGAUUGCGGAAGAUCAAAGUACUAUUUACAAACGAAAGACUACUGCAAUUCUCCAUAUCGAAAUUGUGGGAGACACAUCGUUACGAUUUCUUCCGCUACCCUCCACUAUCUAUAUUUCUACGGAGAAAGCUGUUGGAAGUGUAGUUCUGAGAGCUUCUGCCUUUACUGCCUCGUCGAUGCCUGUGCAUUUCCGAAUUCUCGAAAAUGAUGCUCCUUUCGUGAUGGAUGGUGAUCUGCUGCGAGUGGCCUCACAUUUGUCUCCUGGCGAAACUAAUCUGACCGUUCGGGCGGAGACUGAUAAUGCUCAUUCGGAUCAUCGGCUCAAAGUGGUGGUGAUGUACGACAGGGAUAAGUACCCAGUCUUUCCGCAGCUUACCUACGAUAUUGACAUCCCCAUAGACUCAGUCUUUCCACUUACUGCUCACCGAUUUGAUGCUCAACUUUUAAACGGUACACUUAUGUACCGUUUCUUCCCAGACGGCACAGCUCCAGUAGGCCUCUCCAUACAUCCAAAUUCGGGCGAACUCAUCGUAGAUUCCGUGUAUGCUAACACUCCCUCAAAUCACGAUACACAAUUUGUUGUAGUGCGGGCGAUAAACUUGAACUAUCCGGAAUUCUACUCAGAUGUUGGGGUCGCUAUCAGUCUUGUCUCCAGCAAAUCUCUCCGUUUUCCACAGAGCAUUUAUCGAAUGCAACUUACCGAGAACACACCGAUAGGGACCGCUCUUUACCCACCGCUUGAGGUUUUCCCGAAAUCACCAGGAGUGACCUAUACCAUCAAUCCUCCCACGCCUCUCAGCAUUCUGUCGAAUGGCACACUCGUGGUCAACUCUGCCGUCGAUCUGGAACAGUUGCCUGUUGACCAGAGCAGCAGUUUGCACUUCAUUAUCACUGCGACCUCAGGUGAUGCCAAAGCAGCCGCGAAACUGCAGUUGAAAAUCAAGGAUGUCAACGAAUUCGCACCGGAGUUUGAGAGCGCACUUUACGAAGCCUCGAUCCCAGAAGACGCUGUCCCCGGAAGCGUGAUCACGCAAGUGCGAGCUUCGGAUGCUGACGGAAGUGAGGGCACACAUCUCCUCUACAGAAUCGCCGGUGGUGAGUGA